AUGGGGGCGCCCAGGGGCAUGCUGGGAGGUGGGCAUCAGUUCUACCCUCAGCCGCUGCCACACCUGCCCCGCCUGCCUCCCCUGCUCCAGCCCCCGCCCUUCCCCCGACACCCCAACAACCCCCCAGGACUGCAGCACGACCACUGGUACAACAGCCUCAGAGGCAGCCUGCCCAGUGUGUUCUCUGCCAGCCCAGUGCAGGACAGCGCCCCCUACUGGAGCCAGAGGGAGGUGCAACAAAUCUCACAUCGAGAAGAAACACUGAAGAAGCUCCAAACAGGUCUCAGGUCCAAACAGGUCUCAGGUCCAAACCCAGACUGA